UUCCAACCGGUUGGUAUAUAAGAACCAGUGCACACAGAUAGACUCAUCAUUCAGCUUUUGUUCGUUACAGUUAAACAGAAAACCUUCUAACCAUUACCAAGAUGUUCAAGGUAUUCGUUGCUCUGGCAGCUUUGGUGGCUGUGACAGCCGCAGUUGAUGAUUACUACGCAUACCCCAGCUACAAGUUUGAAUAUGGAGUAAAGGAUCCUCAUACCGGAGACCACAAGAGCCAGUGGGAACAUCGGGACGGAGAUGUCGUCAAGGGAGCAUACACCCUGCACGAGGCUGACGGAACUGAACGAGUGGUUGAGUACUCGUCCGACAAGCACAACGGUUUCCAGGCUCAUGUGAAGCGAGUGGGCCAUGCUCACCACCCGGAAGUGCAUGGACACCAGGGAGGAUAUGGUGGAUCAUACGAUCAUGGAUACGGUCACAGCUAUAGCAAGCUGCAUAAGUACAACUAAACAAAGUGAUUUGAUUUUACGCAAACUGAAAUUAAAUUUAAAAAAUCUUAAUAUUUUUUUUUUUACGAAUUGAUGAUUGUCUAAUAAGAAGAGCAUAAAAGAAGGAAUGCAGUUUUGAAUUUACUUUUGGUUCAUAUUUCUACCAUUAAUAAAAAACAUUAUUUAGACUAAAAA